CGACUCCACCGCAGCGCCAACGCCGCAGCGAGCGGACGCCAGCAUGAAGCCCCCUCAGCGGCGGCGAGCGGCCCCGGCGCGCUAUCUGGAAGAGGCGAGCGCUCGGCCCGCGAUCUGGAGCAGCAGUGAGAGGCGGCAGCUGCUACGACUCCUGCAAGCGAGGCGGGGCAGGCCAGAGCUGGAGGCGGCGGAGCUGGCCCGGGAGCUGCCGGGCCGGAGCGAGGCCGAGGUCAAGAAAUUCCUCUGGCAACUGAAGGGCCGUGUAACCAGGGAAGCCUUUCAGAGGUUGUAUCCAGGUGGUGCUCAGGGCCCAAGAUGCCGGGGAACACAGACUCCGGCCCCCAUUGAGGUAUGGAUCGAUCUGGCUGAGAAGAUUACUGGCCCACUGGAGGAGACACUGAUGGCGGCGUUCUCACAGGUAUUCACCAUCGCAGCCACAGAGCCUGUUAGCCUCCUGCACUCCAUCCCCCCCAAACCAACACUGGUUCGUGGGCGGCCACUGAUUCUCAGCAUUCCCGGAAAACAAGCACACCCCACCACUGAGCCAUCCGGCCCUGCUGCAGAGGCGCCCAGGCCAGCUUCUGACCCCCUGGAUUCUAGCCUUAAGACUCCUGGCCCCACCUCUGAGGUGCCUAGCCCUACCCCUGAGGUACCUGGGCCCACCCCUAGUGUCCCUGCCCCUGCCCCCAGGCCACCUGGCUCUACCCCUACGGUGCCUAGCCCCACCCCACCAGCCCCUCUAGAGGGGCCAGAAGACCUGACAGUGGAUUUUGAGAAGAUCUAUAAGUACCUGUCUUCCCUGACACGCAGUGGCCUUGGUCCCGAGCUCUCAGCAGCAGAGUCUGCUGUGGUCCUGGACCUGCUUAUGGCCCUUCCCGAGGAGCUGAAGAAGCUGCCAUGCGAGGCCCUGGUCCAGCACAUGCUGGACAUGUAUCAGCAUCUGACGGACCCCCAGCCCGACCCCGCAGACGUGGAUGUAGGGGUGACAGAUGCAAGGACAGAUUCCGGGCCACAGGAAGAGGCCAGCCCGUCCCCCUCACAAGCUGAGGAGCCCAGAGACUCCAGGCCACAGGAAGAGGCCAGCUCGACCCCCUCACAAGCUGAGGAGCCCAGAGACUCCGGGCCACAGGAAGAGGCCAGCUCGACCCCCUCACAAGCUGAGGAGCCCAGAGACUCGAGUUCGCACUGGAAGGUGCCUGGUGUUUGUCCCCUGAACCCGUUCCUGGUGCCCCUGGAGCUCCUGGGCCGGGUCAGCAGCCCUGCACAAUGAGGGGUGUGUGGGCAGAGGGUACCCCCUUAUCUGCAAGCCUCCAGCCCCUCCCCACCUUUGAUCCUGCUCAGACUGGCCACAGAUCAUCAAGAGGUUCAAGGGGUUGGUAAAGAAAACAAAAAUAAUGAGGUCCAAGAAAUGUGCCUGAAUUUAUGUUUUUGGGGGGGCUUAGAAGUGCGGUUGAGUCAUGGCGGGGGUGGGGGCCCAUUGUACCUUGCCCCUCUCUGUGCCCUGAGUCC